GUUAGAUGACUGAGAAGCCUAAGAAGGCUGGUAAUUAAGGAAACGUAAUUAAGGAAAGAGUAAUUAAGCAGAUCUAUUGCUGAUAUCUCAAAUAGGGGAAUUUUUUUCGAAGUUCAUGGGAGGGUGGGGGAACAGUUACGCGUUAAACUACGAGCCUCGUUGUCAUUUUGUCAUCAGUUUGCCGGUGUCGACCGCCGUUGUGAUUCGUUUGCGACGACAUUUGGAUCGAGGUUGGGUCGUAACCAAGGAUAUAUUAACGCAGUACAAAAGAUUCUGAUAUCGAUCAUGUCGUGUUCAGCGUACAAUGACAACGCUGUCUGGAAUUCUCCGAUGGCGAUUCGGGCAAAAUUCGAUACCGACGCGGACGGAUUGUUGAAUUACAAGGAGUUUCUGGACUUGUGCGUCGAAUUAUUUGGUAUGGAUGAAGUAAAGGAGCACGAAUUGCAAGUACGAGAGAUCUUCAAGCUCUUUGACACGGACGCGGACGGUACUUUGGACGAGCGAGAGUUGCACAGAUGCUACGAGUGGAUACAUACUACUGCAAAUCCUAUUAAUGUCUUGGUGGUGGUGGACGUACAAAAUGACUUUAUCGAUGGCGCAUUAGCUCUUAGAAAUUGCGGCUAUAACCAGGAAGCGGCAGAAGUGGUGGAACCUAUAAAUCGACUUUUAAAGGCAGGCCGUUGGGACAGAGUGAUAUACACUCUUGAUUGGCAUCCCGAGGACCACAUCAGUUUUUUUGAUAACUUGAUGAUGCGUGAACUUCAUCCGGAUAGUAAGGUCACUAAGAAAACGGCGAAGGUUUUCGAUACUGUCAUCUUUUCGCAACCUCAUAUAAAGCAGGUACUUUGGCCGAAGCAUUGCGUUAAGGGUACUUGGGGUGCCGAACUGCACAAAGAUCUCCUAAUCAUGCCUUCUUCUAAACAGAUUUGUAAGGGUCAAGAUUCGGAUAUUGAGGAAUAUUCGGCAUUCGGCGCGAAUGACAAUAAAUCAGAACUUACAAAAAUCUUGUUGGAAAUUGGUGCCACACACUUGUAUGUUUGCGGUUUAGCCUAUGAUGUAUGCGUGAAGGAAACAUGUUUGAGAGGCCUGCAAUUGAAUUAUCGGUUAGCCGUUGUCGACGAUUGUUGCCGUGGUGCAAACCCUAGCAAUAUCGAAAUUGCUAAGAACACGAUCUCCGAAAGUGGUGGCUUAGUGGUGUCCAGUGAACGCGUCUUGUCCUUGGUGAACAAAGGCGAGCGUAGUCUGAUAAUGGCGCAUCACGCCGCAAAGAAUAUGUCCUAAGGGGAAUCUCGUAAAAAUUUUGAAACAGACUCGCGUAGGCGUUGGAAGAUCAUUUCUCAGUAAACAUCAAGUGACAGUUACAUAAUUGUCAGUUAUAAUUUCUCAC